GUCAACCAACCAGGAAAGAGGGUUUGCCAUGAUCUGGACCGAGGCGGAUGAGACCAGAAACCUUUGUUCUGUUUUUUUCCCCUUCCAGUAAAAGACGAAAUCCAGCUGCCUGUUCAUGCGUCUAGCUAAACCGCACUCUUAUUUUAUGAGUAUUCCGUCGCAGGUGGUUGAUGUAUUAAUCAAAAAUUAGAGGAAUGUUUCUAAAAUAACGGGGGGUUUUAUGCUAGGUCCGCGUUUUCUUUUCCUGUAGCCACAACCCGAAGGCGACUUCCGGCCAUUUUUUCUUCAUUUUUAUCAGCUGCUAAAUGGAAAUAACACGCGGAACUGAAAGUGGAAGCAACCGAGCUAAUGAUCUUCCCGUCCGUUAUCUGCGGCUCCUGGCUCCACCCUUGCAGAUUCUGUCAGCUGCAGUGUGGCAGGUUGUGCAGCAGGGACUCGUGGAUCACUACGGGAUGCUGGAGGAGUUUGUUACCAUGGUGACGGAGCUGGUCCCAGAGCUGAUGAGCUACAGUCAGAGGGCUCAGCUCAUCCUGGGACUCAGAGCCAGGCUGGUCCUGGAGCUCUGUCGAGGCGAACACCCGGUGGACAUGCAGACCAUUCAGCCACAUCUGGACAGAAUCAAAGCUCCCGUCAGCACUGCAAUGGAUCACCAUGUGACGAUACACCAGGUGGAAGAGUCGGAGGUGAACUUUGUGGAGCUGGUGCAUUCGUUACUGGAGGAUCCCUCAGAGAGGAAGUAUUUUUUCGAAGAAAUCUUUCCUGUAUAUUUUGGCCCAAAGUACGACACGGCUCUUGAGAUGCUGGUCUGGGAGUUCAUAUCGAGGCUGGAUGAGCUGCUGCCUGUUCCAGACUUCACACAGUUGGCAGCUUUUCUCACAGACGCUCCGUCGGUUCUACACGACUGUUUACAAUCUGUUUUCCCACCAGACGACAUGAAGGGUGUGCUGGAGCACCACAGGAGCCUCGGCCAUUUUGAAGAAAAGGAAUCAAGAUUAUUGCCAAUGGAUGACUGCAUUCUGUCCUCCCUGUCGCUGCCUCCCGGGGCCAGACCGGCCUCGGACACAGCCUCCUGCUCCCAGACUCUUAAAGACUCCACCCAUCCAGAUCAUAAAGCAGCAUUUCUCAGUGCUCCCAGCAGCAACAUCGUCCUGGAGAACCCGAGCACGAAGAGCUUCGACUCAGCGAGGCAAAAACUGAGGGAGGAGAGGGACCCUGGAAGCAGGCACCUGCAGGCCCGAGGAGCACAUGUAUCCCAGGAUUGGAGCGUACACAACUCCACACGCUCGUGUGAUGACACGAUAGACCUCACCAUGUCUAACGAGGUUGCUGACACCGACUCAGAAGCAAGCAACCUCAGCUUAUCGACCAGUCUGAGGAAGAGGAAGCGAAGUGGAGGGGUGGACGUUCCUGCUAAGCAACCUGUGGAGGCUUCGGCUUUCUUGGAUUCAUCUGUGGAUGGCGAGAACUCAAGCGAAUCUCCUUUGAUCUCCAUAUGGGGGGAUUACACAGACACUCAGGAACGCACUUUUCCAGUUCCAAUGGACUCAAAGGUUCCCUGGUCAGACGAGGAGACACUCCACCUGCUUGACAUUUGGGGCAAGGACUCCAUGCAGCGAGCUUUGAAGGGCUGCUUAAAAAACAGACACAUAUUUACUCAGAUUGCGCAGAAGAUGGCCGAGAGGGGCUACAUGAGAACGGUGGAGCAGUGCCAGACGAGGAUCAAACGACUGAAGAAGUGCUUCCGCCAGAGCCACAGAGGGAACUCGAGGCAAGAACACAAAUUUUAUUCCAAGCUGGAGCAGAUCCUCAUCUUCUCAGCUCCCUCCACUGUUCCUGAGGUGACCUACGACGUAGAGGAAGUCGCCGACGAGGAAGAGUCCAAAGACGGAGAUGAGGACUUGCAGUUCGUGGGACAAACUGGCCAAAUGGAAAUUGGAACUCGAAGUGUGCCGUGGACAGACCUGGAGUCUCUGGCCCUGAUCAACGUCUGGGGUGCCGACAAGAUGCAGCAGGAUCUGAGAGGAGUGAACCGAACUGGGCACCUUUUCUCCCUCAUAUCCAGUCAGCUGGCCUCUCUGGGCUUCUCCAGAACACCAGAACAGUGUCAGACCAGGCUGAAGAGGCUCAAAUCAAAUUUCAGGCAGUGCUACCAAAACAAUUUGAAGGGACAAGAGCAAGUAAAAUGCAAGUUCUACAACGAGCUGGGAAGAAUUUUAGUGAAGGGCUUUGAGUCAUUAAUCCAGAUGGAAGAAAUGUCAGCCAAGGGAGAAGAGAGCGACUUUCUUCCCCCCAGCCACCAGGAGAUGGAGUUGGCUGCGGGAGCUCAGGAGGACCGUAAGAAGGUGCCAUGGUCGGACAAAGAGACCAUCAUCCUGCUGGAGAUUUGGGGUGACACACAGGUCCAGCAGUGCCUGAGGCGCUACCCGCACAACGGGCACGUCUUCACCGAGGUAUCGGAGAAACUCAACGCCAACGGUUACUCUCGCACCCCAGAUCAGUGCCACACCAGGAUCAAACGGUUGAAGGCUAACUACCGCCAGUGUAAAGAAAACAUGAGCCUUUCUGGAACGGAUCACGUCGACUUUAAGUUCUACGACCUCCUGGAGCAAAUUCUGGAAAAGCAGCCGUCAACGUCGGCCGCCGUGGUGACGGACUCCAUCGAGAUAUCAGAAGACUCCAACGAAGAAUCUGCAGCGGAAACAGAGACCCCGGUGUCAACAGAAAGACCAGCCUCCAGCUCAUGGUCAGACCAGGAGACCCUGGCGCUUAUCGAGAUCUGGGGCCAGGAGGAAGUUCAGAAGUCGCUCCGUGGUUUUAUCCACAACGGUCGUGUUUAUGCCGAGAUUGCCGACCGACUGCACGAUCGGGGCUUCUCUAAAACACCCGAGCAGUGCCGCUCCAAAGUCAAGUCCCUGAGGAUCAACUUCCGGCAGUGCUACGACCGGAAAAAAUGUGGAAGGAAAGUCGAUUACAAGUUUUACCACCAGCUGGAGCGAAUCCUGGGACAGGAGGCCGUUUCUGUUGAUGAGUUUGAUGAACGGGACGAACAAACAGAACCGGAUCCAGGAGUCACAGACAGCUUAAACGCACCGUGGACAGAAGAAGAGACGGUCGCUCUCGUUGAGGUGUGGGCUGCUGAUGAUGUGCAACACAGCUUGAAGACCUGCGUCCGUAACGGGCACAUAUUUGCAGAGAUUGCUGAGAAAAUGGCCACCCUGGGCUACCUGAGGACAGCAGAGCAGUGCCAGUGUCGAAUCAAAAGGCUGAAGAAGACAUACAGGCGUUACUGCAACAAUCGCAGAAAUGGAGGGCGCCCUGCAGCGUUUCGAUACUUCAACCUCCUCGCCCCGGUUCUCGGUGAUGACUCAGGAAUUGCUGAUGCAGACGUUUCUGCAGCUGAAGCUACAUUAGAGCCCAUCUUGGAUGCUGAUCCGGUUUUGUUCGAGCAGCCAUCAACAAGCCACCUCCUGACUGACAUGAGCAGAAAGAUGCCCUGGUCAGACCAGGAGACUCGCACGCUGUUGGAGAUCUGGGGAGAGGACAACGUCCAGCUCACCCUGAGGGGCUGCCUGAAGAACCGACACGUGUUUGAGUACAUCUCAGAAAAGAUGAGCAUCCAUGGAUUCAUAAGGACCACAGAGCAGUGCUACACCCGCAUAAAACGCCUAAAAUAUGGCUUUGUCCAUGAAAAGGAAGAGUUUAAAUUCUUCAACGAGAUGGAUAAAAUCUUCAGGAGGGAGGUGAAGGUGGACGAGUCUGUCGCAGAAACGUUGGCCGCAGAAGAGUCGGACGACUGUGCUCAGGAACAGGACCAAAUGAAAAGCAGCCAGUGGGCAGCUGAUAGCACGAAGCUGGCUUGGGGCGACACAGAAACCGAGACUCUCCUGGAUAUCUGGGGGAGCGAGGAGAUUCAGGAGAACCUGAAGAGUUCUGCCAAGAACAAACAAAUCUACAAACAGGUGUCCCGGGCCAUGGCCAGCCAGGGCUACGUGCGCACUCCCGAUCAGUGUCAGUCUAGGAUAAAGAGGCUCAGGGCCAACUUCAGACACUUCCUGGAAGGACGACAGGGAGACAAACAGGAGUGCAAGUUUUUUGACCAGCUGGUGCAGAUAUUUGGCGACAAGUAUGGAAUGAACUCCAAUUCUCCGCCUGAUGAGGCACCUGAAGCCACGGAGUUCUGAAAUCACCCUGCAGCUUCAGAGCAAACAAGAAUCAUGAAGAACAAAAACAAUAAUGAUACAAUAGUUACUGCUGUGAUAAAAAGCUCCUUUUAUAUACUUUUACAUUCUUUUAGAGAUAAAGACCUACUUCAGGUUGAAAUCCUGUGUGUGUGUGUGUGUGUGUGUGUGUGUGUGUGUCCUUCAACUAGAGUGUCUUAUUAAUUAAUGCCAGAGCCAUGACACGAUGCUCAGGGUUCGAAGGACAAAAACUGAAUAAAAGUCUAAAAAUCCUCCCUCAUGAGAACAUGUUUUUGUAGUAAAUCAUUUUUACUUGAACUUAAAUUGAUUCAAAGCACAUGUGAGUAGAAUUGCAUAAGAGACCCUCCUUCCUGUAACUAGUCUUUUUUUUUCCUCCUUAUACUUGAUUUCAUGUGUUAAUCUUUUUCAAUUGUUGAUACAGAAAUUCUUGUGUUUCAAGUUAAAUUAUUUUAAUUGCUCUGUAUUCUGUGUUUGUUGUGGGUUUAAUAUGUCAAGACUUUUAUUUAUUUAAAUUAUGUGUAUUUUUGAAGUUUUAUAAUUUGUGCGUGUUAGAUUGCAGGAGUUUUUCCAAAUCCAAUUAUUGGAGAGAACUGUCAAAAGGCUUUUUUUUUCAUAUCAUUAAAAUAAUUCAAAAAAUUG